UUUUUACUGGUUAUCCGAAAAGUUCAGAAUGAGGUGUAAAGUCGGAAUUUUGGUUUUAUUGGCAGUAGCAGCUUCGAGCUCGCCAUCAAAUAGGAUGAGUGAUCGUGAAGCUAUUGAGACCCAAAAACUAUACGAGAAGGGUAACUACUUCGAAGGAGACAUUCUUUUCCCGGAUGGGUUCAACAUGAGGAAUGGACUCACUUAUUUACCUUGGCGAUGGACUAAUAACACUGUCUACUAUGAAAUUGGUUCAGAAUAUACGGAUGCACAUAAAAAUACCAUUAUCGGAGCACUUAAUGAAAUUGAAGCAGCCACAUGCAUAAAAUUCGUGCCAAGAACCGACCAACCAAAUUACAUUCAGAUUAAGUAUGAGAGACCCGGCUGUUUGGCAUACAUCGGCAUGAUUGGAGGACCCCAGCUAGUAAACCUAGAAAUUCCUGGAUGCGUCUAUCACCAUACCGCAAUGCAUGAAGUUAUACAUGCUCUUGGUUUCUUCCAUCAACAAAGUGCCAUCAAUCGUGAUGAUUAUGUGGAAAUUCUGUGGGAAAACAUUGAAGAGGAUCAUAAAUACAACUUCGAUAAGCAGGAUGAAAGCCUAAUCACUGACUUCGGUGUCAAAUAUGAUUACGAGAGCAUUAUGCAUUAUGCAGAUACAGCCUUUUCCAUGAAUGGGCAAAAAACUAUAAUUACCAAAGACCCUGCAUACCAAAAGGUGAUUGGAAGGGGACGACGUUUGAGUGCUGCAGAUAUUGCAAAAAUCAAUAUAAUGUACAAUUGCUAGAAAAUUGAAAUGAAUAUUUAUUAAAAAAAUCUAAAGAAGUUU